AGCUUGUGUGCAAUUGUGCUGACAGAAGGAGGGAUCGAGUAAUUUAACUUGCUAUUGCAAUGUAGUUGGUACAUGCAGAGUGAAUAAAAGUGCUAAUAUAUAUAUAUCAUAUAUUAUAUACAUGUAAUCUCCAAGACUCCCGGUAUAAAGUUGAUGAGUUUUAUUUAAAACUUUAGUCUGGAGAAAUUAUUUAACUUGGGAACUUUCGAUUAUGCUGCCUAGAAGACGCGUGAUUGAUCUGCUCCACGUAAUAUCUCAAUGCCGGUGUCCAGCUCACGGGAAUCCUGGUUCCUUGACCUCGAUAAAUCAAAAUACGUUUUUGAGCAUUGCUGCUGCUAAUGCUAAUUCUAAAGAAUAUGCAUUUGAAAUGGCUUGCUCGACAGUUCGGUACGGAAUCGGCGUGACCCGUGAGCUGGGAAUGGAUUUAGCUAAUCUUAAGUCCAAGAAAACGUGUUUGAUGACCGACAGCAAUUUGGUCAAUUUACCUCCUGCAAAGACGGCGAUCGACAGCUUAACAAAACACAAAAUAAAUUUCGAUAUUUAUGACCGUGUGAGAGUGGAGCCGACGGAAUCAAGUCUCCAAGAAGCUAUUAGCUUCGUUAAGACAGGCAAUUAUGAUUCAUUUGUAGCUGUAGGAGGUGGGUCCGUGAUGGACACAUGCAAAGCAGCCAAUUUGUAUCUCAGUGAUCCAGAAGCUGAGUUUCUGGAUUACGUUAAUCCUCCGAUUGGACUCGGCAAACCAGUUACAGUGGCCUUGAGGCCCUUGAUUGCGGUACCAACGACCUCGGGAACAGGCUCGGAGACAACCGGUGUCUCAAUAUUCGACUACAGUCCUCUAAAAGCCAAGACGGGAAUAGCGAACCGGGCACUGAGGCCUUUCCUCGGCAUUAUCGACCCACUUCAUACUCUCACACUUCCUGAAAGAGUUUGUGUUUACUCGGGGUUUGAUGUUCUUUGCCAUGCCCUAGAAUCUUUCACUGCAAUCCCUUACACUGAAAGAACUCCCUGUCCCACAAAUCCAUUACUCAGACCCGCUUAUCAAGGCAGCAAUCCCAUCAGCGAUGUAUGGGCGCGUUAUGCUCUGCAAGUUAUGAAGAAAUAUUUCAAGAGAGCUGUUUACAAUCCAGAUGACCUCGAAGCUAGAAGUCACAUGCAUCUUGCCAGCACAAUGGCUGGAGUCGGGUUCGGUAAUGCCGGUGUUCACUUAUGUCACGGUCUAUCUUACCCGAUCAGUGGCAACGCACCUCCUGGAUUCAAUCCCAAAGGCUACAGUAAAGAUCAUCCCAUAGUUCCGCACGGUUUAUCAGUUGUAAUAACAGCGCCGGCUGUUUUUGCAUUCACCGGCAGAGCUUGUCCAGAAAGACAUUUAGAAGCUGCAGAGCUACUGGGCACUGAUGUCAGUAAUAAAAAAAAUGAUGACGCGGGACAAGUUCUCGCGGAUACGGUACGCGAGUACAUGAAAAUAAUGAAGAUCGAAAAUGGAUUAGGAGAAAUGGGCUACCGGAAAGAAGACAUUCCUACUCUUGUUACCGGUACUCUGCCUCAGCAUCGAAUCACUCAAUUGGCACCGAGGGAACAGACGGAAGAAGAUCUUGCUAAACUAUUUGAAGAUUCUUUUGAAAUAUAUUAAAAAUAAAUAUUUAUCAUUUAUCAUAAAGUAGAAGGUAUUAAAUAAAUAAAUUUUAUAAUUCAUU